UAGGGAAAGUUAGUAAUUUUACUAGAUGAAGUUACUUAAACUGAUUACACUGGUAUGUAACUAGAUAUAGUAAAAACGUGUUCGCUGUGUUUGACGUGAGACAAGUAAAAAAAUAUUGGAUAACAAUGGCGGACGAAGAAUUACCAGCGGGUUGGGAAAAACGUUUAAGUAGAUCCACUGGACAACAUUAUUAUUUAAAUGUUUAUACUAAAGAAAGUCAAUGGGAUAGGCCAGAUAAACCAGCUGAUCCAUCUGGAAAUAACAAAGGAGAUGGUCCAGAAGAAGUUCAAUGUUCCCAUUUGUUAGUAAAACAUUCAGGUUCUAGACGACCAUCUUCAUGGCGAGAAGAAAAUAUCACAAGAUCAAAAGAAGAAGCUCUUGAACUUAUAAAAUCUUACAGAGAACAGAUUGUAUCUGGAAAAGCCACAUUUGCUGAUCUUGCUUCAAAGUAUAGUGAUUGUAGUUCAGCUAAGCGAGGUGGAGACUUGGGACCAUUUAGUCGAGGUACAAUGCAAAAACCUUUUGAGCAAGCAGCAUUUGCCCUCAAAGUUGGUGAAUUAUCAUCACCAGUUCACACAGAUAGUGGUAUUCAUAUCAUACAGCGAACAGCAUAAAACAUGCUAAUCCUCAAUAAAGUAUUAAAUUCUUUAAAAAAAUAUUUCCCUCUGUUUGGUAAAAUAUGGCCACAAGGUAGGAAAUUUUCAUGAUUGUAUUUAAAAUCAAUGUAUGUAUUUACUUUUAUGAUGAACAGUUUUUAAUCUAAGGACAAGAUGUAAAUUGUUUUUUUUUUUCAUAAUUCAAUGUGCAGUUAUAUAUUUAUGUCUUCCAGUAAUCUUAGUCCAAGUAAUAUAUUAUAAAGUUUUAAUUCAGUGGUUCACCAUCUGCACAUAUGCAUACAGUGAAAACAAAAUUUAUGGAUGACAUAGAAUCAAAUAGAUAAACUUUUAACAAUA